AUGGCCAAAACGCGUUAUGAAAACCAAGAGCAUCAAUCAAAUUCAACUAUAAUGAAUACUAAUAAAUCAAGCCAUCAUGAUAGUUUACAUCAUGGUAACUAUAAAACCCAAUUCAUUGAGAUGUCAGCCAUAGGUUCGGGUGGUUUUGGGACUGUAUUUAAAGUGAAGCAUAGAUUGGAUUAUAAGAUAUAUGCCGUUAUAAGAGUACAAUUUGGGGAUAUUAAUGAAGACUCAAAACAAAGAGUUCUCAGAGAAGUCAAUAGUUUAGCAAAACUGGACUCAGAUUUUGUGGUAAAGUAUUAUCACUCAUGGCUUGAGUCCAAUCAUCUCUUCAUUCAAAUGGAGUUCUGUUCACAAAAUCUUAAAUCUGUUCUCAAAGACAAACCCAUUGUUUUCGAGAGACAACCGGAAGAAGAGAUGAAUGAAAUCUUAGAAAGUGUUGAAUAUCUUCACUCAUAUGAUCCGCCAGUCAUUCAUCGGGAUCUCAAACCAGAAAACAUAUUAAUUGAUCCCAACUUUAAGUGCAAUCGUUGUGUAAAACUGUGUGACUUUGGUUUGGCCACCGAUCACAACACCGAUGGACGCAUUUCCAGUCCAUUUGCGCACACAGUUUGUGGCACUUUUGGAUAUAUCGCACCCGAAGUACUUAUGGGUAAACAAUAUGAUCAUAAAUCAGACAUUUAUAGUCUCGCUAUAAUCGGUGAAGAAUUGUUUGGUAUUGAUCUCCAGGAUUGGAAAUUAAUUGAAGCUAAAAAGUUGUCGUUCACGAAAUGCAUACAAAGCAUAUACGGGACACUUCUGGAGAUGAUGUCAACACCUUUUUGGCGACAAAGACCUGAAUGUCGGGAUGUGUUGGCCAAACAUAACGAGGUGGAGAUUAAUGGAUUACCUCGUUUAGUGGUUCAGAGGCCGGUGUCUUUGUGCGGGGAUCUCUCGGUUAUUUGCCAUUACAACUAUCACUACAACAAACACCAAUACAACCUCCUCUACGAACUCUCUCCAAAUUGUUUCCUAUUAUUUUUUCAUAUAGACUUGGCAGAAAUGAUUACCAUGAUUAAAUAUUUGUACAUCGCUGCGGUUGUUAUUUGUUUGAUGCAAAUGAUGAUGAUCAAUUCUGUACAAGGAAACGGUUUGGACAGAGUUCGUAGGGAUGCCUGCGUUGGUCUUUGUUGUGCCAAUAGUUGUAAUGGCAAAUAA